AUGGCCUUAACCCUAAACAAGCUCCUUCUCUUCUCAUGCCUUAUUUCCUCCACCGUACUCACCGCGAAGUCUGAACUCCUAACCUCCAAGCGAGAGAAGCUCACUCGCUUCCACGUCUACGCACAGGACAAAAACACCGGGACCAACGCCACUGUCGUAAACGUAGCGCAGGCAUCGACCACCAACCAGUCCGCCACGUCAUUCGGUCUAGUUGGGGUUGUCGACGAUGAAUUGACUGUGGGCCCCGAGAUGAGCUCGAAGAACUUGGGUAGGCUACAGGGCAUGGUGAGGGAAAUGCCCAUCGUGGGUGGAACUGGUCUAUUCCGGUUGGCCCGGGGUUAUGUCCAUACCAGCACUUACUCAGCAGACCCGAAGACUGGAGUUCUCGUUCUUCUGAACUAUUCAUGGGAUAUGUGCCAGAUUGGAAACCUGUGCAGCUCUCCUGUUACUGAGAGUUUUGUUGUUUACGAGCGAGCUUUCCAUUUAUUCUCCGACUACGACAUAGGGUGA